GGUUUUUUCAGGCAGUUUGAACAAGGCCGUCCUGUCAAAGGUGGUGCACCUGCUCCCAUCAGCUCCGCCCACCUCACCGCCACCUCCUGCACCGGCGUGACUACAGUACCCAGGCGGCACCGCGCCGCUCUCCUCUCUCUCCUCUGUCUCCUCUGCGCCAGUCCGCCUCGCUGACUCGCAGAACCAGUUGGUUUGGCCCAGCUUCUUCUUUCCUGCCGUCUCACUCUGUGUGUGUGUAUGUGUGUGUGUUGCUUCUGCUACUGUUGUUGUUGUCUGGUGUCAACCUACGCCGACGAGAGAACAACACACAUCCCUCCCUCUCUUCUGUUGGAGGGCCGCUUCCAAUUUGCCUUCACUUUCCUCCUCGCCGGCUCCAUUGGCUUCUGCGCCGUGCCAGUCAACUCGCCUCCUUCUCGCUGCCCGAGUUGAGCAGCAACAGCUCGGAAACAUCUGGCCGUCGCAGAGUGCUCCACUCCCCGUCCCUCAGUCCGCUCCGCUCGGCAGCCUGUUAUGGAAAUUAGUCCAAAGUCAACCUAGUUUUGUCUCCGGAGGACAAACAGAAGAGAAGGAGGAGAUUUGACGGAAGAAGCGAGGAAGACGUUGGACCGUGUUGUCUGUUAUGAGGACGGCAGGAUGGAGUUCCCAGACCACAGCAGACAUUUACUCCAGUGUCUGAGCGAGCAGCGGCACCAGGGCUUCCUGUGUGACUCCACGGUGCUGGUGGGCGAUGCCCAGUUCCGUGCGCACCGUGCUGUGUUGGCCUCCUGCAGCAUGUACUUUCACCUCUUCUACAAGGACCAGCUGGAUAAGCGAGAUGUGGUGCAUCUCAACAGCGACAUUGUCACAGCCCCGGCCUUUUCCCUGCUCCUGGAGUUCAUGUAUGAGGGCAAACUGCAGUUCCAGGACCUUCCCGUAGAGGAUGUGCUGGCAGCAGCCAGCUACUUGCACAUGUAUGACAUUGUGAAGGUGUGUAAGAAGCGAUUGAAGCGGAAGGCCACAGCGGAGGCAGACAGCACGCGCAGAGAGGAUGAUGGUGGUUCAAGCUGCUCCGAUAAAGCAGACAGUCUAUCAGAUGGUUCUCCCGGCCGGCCUGCCACUGCAGACCUGCUGCACAGCGAUGAAGAGGAGGAAGGGAAGGCUGAGGGUGGCCAACUGUGGCUGAGGCUGCCGUCUACGGACAGAUCAGCGACGCCAGCCAUGGCUACAACCAGCCCGCGUCACGCAGAGGCGGAGACACAGGGUGGGGAAGUGCUAGGGGAGGGAGGGAAGCUGCUCUCACCGUCCGGAAGCCCCACCAGCUCCACUGGAUCCCUCUCCCAGAGGUCCCACCGCUCCAUCAGCCCUCGUAUUGGCCACAGGGGCAGGAGGGUGUCGAAUGAUGUGGCCGAUUGUGUCCUGGACCUGUCCGUUAAGCCAAUCACUAAUAACAAUCUCAGUAACCAUCACCAACCAUUUUUCAGCGGGGCAGCUACACCAGACAGCCUCCAAAGCCCAUUGGCUGUGAGGGUGAAGGUGGAGAGAGGUGUGGCCUCAGAUGAGGAAGAGGAACUGGGAGGUGGGGACUAUGACAUGGAACACAGUGGCCUCACCAAGGCAACUAUUCCCAGUGCCAACGGGGUCUUGACCCACCAUGGGGUCGGAGGGCCUCUGUCAGCCCAGCGGCGGCUUGGCCUGGAAGCGCACCUGUCGGCUCUGCGAGAGGCGUCUCUGGCCUCUGAGCUGGAGCGGGAGGAGAAGCCUUCGGCCACAGCAGAUGACGAGGACAUACUGGGUGGUGAAAAUGAGCGUGCCCAGGCCGAGGCGGCCAGCAUGGAUAGUUCCCUGCUGCCCUACGUCUCCAACAUGCUGUCGGCUCAACACACCCAGAUCUUCAUGUGCCCGCUGUGCAACAAGAUUUUCCCCUCCCCGCCCAUCCUCCAGCUCCAUCUCAGCUCCCACUUCAGGGAGCAGGAGGGCAUCCGCUCCAAGCCCGCCGGAGACGUCAACGUGCCCACCUGCACCAUCUGCAGCAAGACCUUCUCCUGCAUGUACACGCUGAAGCGCCACGAGCGGACACACUCUGGUGAGAAACCCUUCACCUGCACCACCUGCGGCAAGAGCUUCCAGUACUCACACAACCUCAGCCGCCACGCAGUGGUGCACACGCGUGAGAAGCCGCACGCGUGCAAGUGGUGCGAGCGGCGUUUCACACAGUCCGGGGACCUCUACCGACACAUCCGCAAGUUCCAUUGUGAACUGGUCAACUCUUUGUCGGUAAAGAGUGAACCGCUGGCACUGCCCAACGUCAGGGAUUGGGCGAUUGAGGACAGCUCGCAGGAUCUGUGGAAGUAGAGACAGAGUCUGCUGGGUUUUAAUAAAGGGAAAGAAAGUGGACAGAGAGAGAGGCAGAGAGGCAUGGGGAGGUGAAGGAAGGUGGCAAAGUUUGAUGUUCGGGGUUUAAGUGAAUCAUCUUAUUGUGUGUCGCAAAAUCUCAAUCAAUUGCACUUUAAUAGCACAUGAAAAUGUUACUACUGAGUUUUUUUGUUGCUGUUUGGGGUAGUGUUGUUUUAUUCUAUUUUAUUCUGAACUCUUUCUUUUAAUAAUUUGGCGUAACCUCUUUGGUGGUUUUCAUUGCGUCUUAGGGCAUGGGUCCCAGUGAGAACGUCUCGCCUCUUUUUGAUUUGAUUUGAUUUUAUUCUUUUUGUUUCAUCUCAGACACAUCUCAACACUCCAACGCUGGUCAUCAAAUCCAGCAAAAACACCACCGCAGGAGUUCAGGUCGAAUACACUGAAGUGAAGAAAAAAAAUUACAAUACACUAAACGGGUACUGUGAUCGACAUGAGUCACUACCGCCACACAGACACACAAACACACACUGACAUGCACAACGCACACACAGUUUGUGUGUAUGUUGUGUGUGACGUGUGCACAGUACUGCACUACUCUGGCAAGACAUUCACCUGACACGUGCGUGUGUGUAUGAGUGAGUUUCGUGUGUGUUAAUCUUAUUUUCUACUGGGAUGGAGGUGUCGUUGGUGAAGCGCUUCCUGCUUCUCUUGUUAAGCUCUUUGGUGUUGUGUUCAGGGGAAAAACUGACUGACUGACAAACUGAUGGCACUCAUGCAAUGCACAGCCUCCUUUUUUUUUUUACUUCUAAUCAAUUUGAAGUAUUUUCUAAAAAUU